GGCUUUUCCGGAUUCGUUGAUGUAAACACUAGUUACAUGUGGCCUUUCGAGGACAAUUCACCUUUCGGCUACUUUAAAUCCAAGUCUCUAACUGUGGAAAGGCACAUACUGGAGCGACGCUAGGUGAGCACUGAAGUAUCGACCAUGAUGUGGUGGACAGUGACGAUUGUAUGGCUGGCUUCCGCGGUUUUGUUGUCGGACAUGGUUUCCUUUUGUACCGGACAAGCGACAAGUGAACAGACCAGUCCAACUUCUGGAAAACUAAGUUUCAAAACUCCUGAUUUGAGCGAUGAAGAAGCGCAUUCGUUACAUUUGCCGACAGCGCUUAAGUGUGAUGCUUGCAGGAUUCUAGCAUAUUCGAUACGAGAGUCAUUUGAUGAAGCUCAUAGGAAGAGGCCUUCUCUCAAAAGAUUACCUGAAUCAGAUUUGAUUGAUAUACUAGAAAAUAAGUGUGACCAACAAUGGGAAAAUGUUGGGGUCAAAGAAAUCGAGGGAGUAAAGAGACUUUCAGGCCCUGGUCUUGAGACUUCGGAAGUGCCAGGAAUUAUGCAAGGUGGAGGUAAAUGGCCAUACAGAAUUAAUGAAAGGUGUGGUUACUACGUUGGGGAGUAUGGAGAGGAUGAAAUAUACAACAUAUAUAAAAAAAAUCCUGACAAGUUUGAGAAAUGGAUGUGUUAUGGGAAAGAUGGUGAUUGUACAGCAAAAAACAAAAUUAAAAAGAAAACUGAACUUUGAUAACAUGUUUUUAAACAUUUUGUUUUGUUCUAUGUGGUAGGGUAGAUUUCAUAAUUGUGGUAUGAUUACUGGAGUCUUUCAAGUCUAUUGUUAGAUAACUAGGGAGUCUCUAAUAUUGAGUUUUCAAGAAUUGAUGUAUAGUUUUGCGGCUAUAUUGCGAGGUAACUAAGAGACUCUUGUAGGUCAGUGGGAAUUUUCCAGGGAAUCUUUGAGACUUGCCAUAUAACUUGG